AUGGCUGUGGCGGAAGCUAUGAUUAUAUACUUCUGCAUGCUCAGUUUAUUCGCAAAUGCGGCGAUCACGAAAGAUAACACCCUGUUCUCUAUGGGUGAUCUCAAUUUUGUCGCGGUGGUCAUUGUCAUCAGCAUGAAGCUGCAAAUCAUCGAGAUGCACAACAAGUCGAUCGUCGCGGGGCUUUCAGUCUUCCUCUCUGCCGGCGCAGUUUUUCUGUGGAAUAUUGUGCUUGCUGCAGUCUAUCCACCGAUAUCUAUGUACAAAGCAUGUGGAGGCUUUUUCAACGGGUUCGGACAAAAUCCAACAUGGUGGAUGACGCUGGUUUUCAUUGUUGCCUGUGUAUAUAUACUCGAAUUCAGCGUCAGCGCAUUCAGAAAGGCAUUUCUCCCAACAGAUACAGAUGUCUUUCAAGAGCUCGAACGGGACCAGGCUUACAAAGAGCCGUUCGAAGCAGCUGCUGUGCCUGGAUCGCGGCAAAGGUGGGAGAUAUAUAUCUAG